AGGCACGGAGAGAGCGGCAAGAGUACGUUCAUCAAACAGAUGCGCAUCAUUCACGGGACAGGCUACACCGACGAGGACAAGCGCGGCUUCACAAAACUCGUCUACCAGAACAUCUUCACCUCCAUGCAGGCCAUGAUCCGUGCCACAGAGCACCUCAAGACAUUCAAAUACGAAGAGAACAAGCCCAACGCUCUGCUGGUGCGAGAUGUUGAUGUGGAGAAGGUUUGCUCCUUUGAACAGCCCUUUGUCAAUGCAAUAAAGAUGCUCUGGGCGGAUCCAGGCAUCCAGGAAGCCUAUGACCGCAGGCGAGAGUACCAGCUCUCCGACUCCACUAAAUAUUACCUUAAUGAUUUAGAGCGUAUAUCAACUUCGGGAUACGUGCCCACCCAGCAGGAUGUACUGAGGGUCCGAGUGCCCACUACUGGCAUCAUAGAGUAUCCCUUUGACCUGGAGAAUAUAAUCUUCAGGAUGGUGGAUGUCGGAGGGCAGAGAUCAGAGCGCAGGAAGUGGAUCCACUGCUUUGAGAAUGUCACAUCUAUCAUGUUCCUGGUUGCCUUGAGCGAAUACGACCAGGUCCUUGUUGAAUCUGACAAUGAGAAUCGCAUGGAGGAAAGCAAAGCUCUGUUUCGCACAAUCAUCACCUACCCCUGGUUCCAGAACUCUUCAGUCAUUCUGUUCCUGAACAAGAAGGACCUUCUGGAGGAGAAGAUCAUGUACUCUCACCUAGUGGACUACUUCCCUGAAUUUGAUGGUCCACAGAGGGACGCCCAGGCGGGCCGUGAAUUCAUCCUGAAGAUGUUUGUGGACCUGAACCCGGACAGCGACAAGAUCAUCUACUCGCACUUCACCUGCGCCACAGACACCGAAAACAUCCGCUUCGUCUUCGCGGCGGUCAAGGACACCAUCCUGCAGCACAACCUAAAAGAGUACAACCUAGUGUGAGAGAGAGAGACCGAAAGAGAGCGAGACACCUGCAGCCCACAUACGGCCGAAAGCACUACACACCUCACACGCAGAAACACACACGCACGGGAACCGUGCGGACACACCUUCACUCCCAUUUGGCACUGGAUCUUCAUGUAGUCCUUUUCUUUGCCUGUUUUUUCCUCUCUUCCUGAGUGUCGACCCCCUCCAGUUGAUAGCUUUAUCAUCCACUCUUCCUCAAACCCGAGGGCUGGGCCGCUAAACCGGUGCCUAAUGAUAAAGAGCAUCCGUUUGCUCUGUAGAUGGGCUGUAGGUGGGCUCUACCUGAAUGAAACUGAGGUACGAACUUAACGGAAACACUCGGUGGAGGCGCACGUGUCCGUAAACGAAGAGUGGGCGACAUUCUUGAAAGACUUUACACCUCGCAUCACUGAAUUUAACCAGGUGUUAGUUGUGCAAUCACGUGUUAUAACACUAGAGGUGAAGGUGAUUGGAUGAUUUGAUUUAAUACUAUUUUAGGAGUGAUGUAUAGAGAUUUCCAUUCACUACUUGAGUACUUGGAGAAGACCAUGUGACUUUUUCCGAGACGUGAGGAAGAUAAAAUGAGUUAACGAGAGCCGCCGCAGAUUUGAAAUGUGUGAUUUCGAUCGAAUUGUGUUCAACUGUCCUGAAAUUUUUCAACAAAUUCCCAGUUCUCAUCUGUAUCCGCUAAAUUUGUCAUUUAGGCGCCAAACUGUUUCCUCCAGUCCAGUAGUUGGCAGUAUUGGGUGUUUAAUCAGUAUAAUUAAAUGGAUCCAGCUAGUAUUCAAAGAUAUUAACCGAAAGAUUGUGAUUUGUUUACAUGCUUCGACACAAAUCAGUUUUGAAUCUUUGAAGGAAUCAAAUAAACGCCUUUCCCAGCUGA